AAAUGGUUAACCGUAGUUUUUCGUAUUGUGUGGCAUAGAAAGAUAUCGCGAGACUUCCACUUGUGGCGUUAUCCAGAUAGAAAAAAAUGACUUUAUUAAUGACAAUGCCUCAUACCUUUAAUAUGUGAUACUCUGUCAAUGUUAUUAAGUUAUUCAAAUAUUAACACCAUUUAAUUUAGUUUUGGGUGCUAUGUAAAGUUCUCACGAGACGUAAAUCUUCUUAGUGACAGCAGGUGAUCUUGGAGGGAAAAAGAAAACUGUUGUUUUAUAAAACAAUACUACGACAUUGCUUUCAUUGAAUAUAAUAAGGUUUGUGUGGUAUGUGAAACUCUGGCGAGACUUCAGGUAGCACUGUGUUAACUACCGAUCAUAUCCGAAUAGCGAAGACGACAAGGCAAAAUGGCGACCUACAUAAGGAGUAAGAGCUGCCUCUUCUCCUUGAAACGGGAUAUUUUUUUGUCGCGGGGAAACUUCUUCAGCGUGGAAACUAAACGAUACGCGCGUGGACUGAGAAGGAGGCCGGUCAAGGUGAUAUUUUCCGAAAACGAGAGGAAUAAAGAAGAUGUAAAGCUGUCAGUUGUGAGAGAGAAGAAGGAGGUAGAAGUUCCAUUGAGAACAGAGAAGCACCCUGCGGGAGACAGAAGUGAUUUGAAGACCAGGAAUGGCGAGUUAUCAUCGACAAAAAGGGCUCAUGUGGAUGUUAAAAGCGAUCUAAUUGAUGGGGUGCGCUUCGAGAGGGCUUCACCUGGGGAUAAGAGACUGGCGAGGUUGGUGAGCGUUGCCCGUUCCAGAACAUUCCGCGAGAAGCAGGGCAAGGUCCUGCUGGAGGGUCGUCGUCUGAUCUGCGACGCCUUGAACGCAGGCGCUGUCCCCCAAACCGUCUUCUUCAGCACCCCUGAGCGCUUGCGGGAGCUUCCUUUGGACAAGCUGAGGAGAGCAGUGCUGGUGAAAGUUAAGUUUGAAGACAUCAAACUGUGGUCUGACCUGGUGGCCCCACAAGGAGUUAUAGGUAUAUUUUCUCGCCCUAACGCCUCUCGACUGAACUUCGCUGCAAGCAAACACUCUGUGCCUCUGUCACUCAUAUGCGACAACAUCAGAGAUCCUGGCAACCUAGGCACCAUGCUGAGAUCUGCUGCCGCCGCCGGCUGCCACCAAGUGUUGCUCACAAAAGGCUGCGUAGACAUUUGGGAGCCCAAAGUUCUGCGAGCAGCGAUGGGUGCCCAGUUCCACCUUCCCAUUCAUCCUAGUUUGAAGUGGGAGGAGGUGGAGAGUCAUCUCCCCGAGCACGUCGCCGUCCACGUGGCCGACAGCCAACAAAACCAAGAAGAUAACGCCUCCCACAAACCCAGCGAUUUCGGCUGGAUCAGCUCGACCUCCGCUCGCCGGGAUGCCGGCUUCGAGGACUACGACACGGACGAUGAGCUAUGCCUGCCCACAGUGGACGCUGCGGCGUACUACGACGACUGGGCGCGGAAUCCGGUCGCCUUGGUAGUCGGCGGAGAGACGCACGGGCUGAGCGUGGAAGCGCUCCAACUGGUGGAAAAAAGGGCAGGAUGCAGGCUCUUUGUUCCCAUGGUUCCUGAAAUGGACAGCUUAAACUCUGCCAUGGCGGCCAGCAUCCUGUUGUUUGAGGGCAGGAAGCAACUGUUGAGAGCAAUGCAAAGCUCUGAAAGGAAGUGGGCGUCCAAUGCUGGACGGCACAUUUCAGAAUGUUAGACAUUGUCCUCUAUACUGCAGUUCAAAAUUAAAUGUCUCUUAACUCAAA